AUGGUGAAGACGUCGUCGUGGAGGGGUGUGUGGAAGGCCCUCGUCAACCCUGCAGACGGUUCAUGCGGGCUCUACAGCAUGCUGCAGCUUUUGUUGAUGAACAAGCGCAGCAUGUCUGCGUCGGGCGCCGAGUGGGCAAUCCGUCGUGCCGCUGGUACGCCGGAAAUGCGUGAGCUGCUGAUGUUGUGCCGCCGGAGCAUCGUGAACUACGUUCGCGCCUCCCCAGACUUCGAGCUAUUUUUCGACGACGAGGGGCGUGCCAGCACGGACAUCUUCACCACGGCCGAACUAAUAUCUCUGGUCGACUGGGAAGGGGCCAUCCUCAAAGAGGGGAGCUACAUCGACGGCAUCGCCGUCUUGGUGCUGGGUCGCAUUUUCGGGAUACCAAGUGUGAGGAUCGUCCACGAGGUCUCCUGUGGCGGUUUGGCGGAUCAUUUUUCCCCCGUUGAUCCGGUGAAGGCGACCGGCCAGCCCACUGUUCUACACUCCGGUGGGACACACUUCGAGGCCGUGGUCCCAAUUGCUUACGAUGCAGACACCGAGGUUUCCGCUGAAAACGACCUGGGUUCGGCCAUGGAGUUUUGCAGGCAGGCGCUCGACCGUCACGCCGACGAUCCCGUUGACGACGGCGCGUUCGUGAAUGCCGUGAUCUCAUUCGUCCGCCACAUCCCUCGCAGCACCGGGACCAAAAAAAGGGCUUUGUCGACUCGCGGCAUUCACAAGUUGACCCGCGGACGCAGGCCGCUUACGCGCGGUCGUCUUUCUCGCUUUCGCGACUCAUGCCGUGGGCUACGAAGCAUAAGGGGAGGUGAAGAUUUUGACGUCUCAGGGGCUCCGGUGAUCGAGGGAGCUGCGACUCAGGAUGCAUCGCAAGGAAAAAGGCCUGCUUCUCCCGUUACGGGUGUCUCUUCUACCCCUCCUGUUGGUGCUCCUCCUCGCGACCCCUCCUCUUCUUCGCCCAUCUUCCUUGGAAUUGAGACCCUUGAGGGCGGCCCAGGCUCGGCUACUACCGCCAUCCAACCUUCGGCGCCUAGGGAUGUCCAAGGCCCUUCAUUGGAGAGCGCUCUGACUACGACAGUCCAACUCGUCGGCGUUAACGCGAAGGCUAUUGAGUGCCACAGGAUCGACAUUGAGAGCAACAGGAGCGGAAUUGUCAGAAACGCAAUCGCAGUGGAGGAGACCAAGAAAGAUGCGGAAGAGAUCAGAAAGGAAGUGCGAGAGGCCAUGAGAGAAGUGCGAGAGAUCGCCGAAGGACAGCGAGAAAACAAUCCAAGGACUCAAAGCAUGCAAAAGAUGUACGUCUCCGACAAGUUCGUUGGACAACUAGGGGAAACGUUCAUGCCUUUUUUCCAUCUUUUGUUCGACCCGAGCACGGGAAACAAUGGAUGGUGUCCUGUCAUAUUUAAGGAUCAUAAGAACGACACGCUUGAACUUGUCGUGAUUUCGGUACAAUGUUGCCAGUGCUUUUACGGCGAAGAAAGGCGUAAGAGCGAACAGGAUAAGCAGUCUUGUCAGUCGUGGUUGCUUGGUCCAACGUUCGAGCAGGCAACAGGUUUUACUUGUGCAGAUGAGCUCAAAGCUUAUCAGCUUUCGGGGUUUAAAUUCCUCGGCGCCGGCCCAAGGAUGAACAACAACCGAUCCGAUAACAAAAAGAGGUUCAUCAUUUGUUGGGCUAAUUGGUUUAAAAAUGUAUUACUAGCUUAGAUAUCUACCGCAUUUCCCAAACGUCCACGUGAACGUAAUUUCAACGUUGGUGGUAAACAGCCGAACUACAAAGCCCUAGGCACGGAUUUUGGUUUUAGGAGUGUUAGUAGGACCAUGGACAAGCGUCAUCUCAACGACUUUUCAACCGGGCCGAUUGUCCAACUUGGCGGAGCAAGUAUUCCCGAGCACGAGAAGCUCAAGCUUCCCGUGCUAGGCGAGCCCUGGGUCAAAGAGUGGUAUACGCCGUUCAUCAGGAGGUUUUUUGGUAUACCGAGACAUCUUCUAGGCAAGAAACAUGUGGUAGGCGGGGUAGUGAGGGCGGAUUCGGUCUCAGUGACGUCGCACUGUAUAGGCGCUUCAGACUACUGGAGGCGUCAGGACCAUCAGGCGCGAAAGAGGUCCAAAAGAAACGAAGCUCGGCUAUCUGCUAGUAGAAAGAAUGGAAGAUUCUCUGGUUCAGAUUUAUGAGAUACGUAAGCUUUUGUAUCGCUUGUCUAAGAGGGAGGGUUACGUGCCUGCCGCUGUUUUUUAGUUCUUAAAAAACUACUUUGCAGCGGAAAUG